CUAAAUAUCUAGGUGAGAUUUAGCAAUAUCGAAGAAGUGAAAUGUUGUAUUUAAGCAGAAGUAACGAUGUCGCCGGGCGAUGACGAGAAGAGGCGCCGGAAAUGUAGCAAAACCGUCGUGUGUUUGGCCAGUUUGUGCGUGUUUUUGUUGACUUUGUGCGUUUGUCUAUUAACGGUUUUGGUGUUGAUCGGUAAAUUCAUCGGUUAUAACGCUUGUAAUGGAAACGCGUAUGAUAAUCGGGCGGCUAAGCCGCGCGCGGAGUAUUGGAAACUGCCCAACGACACGGAACCGAUUUCGUACGAUCUAACGUUAUUUCCCAAUUUAACGUCGAACGCGUUCGAAGGCGUAAUUAACAUAACUAUUGCCGUUAGCGGUAGUAGAAGAGACGUGGUGUUGCAUAGUAAAGAUCUGAUCGUGUCGAACGUUACGCUUUUCGACGACUCGCGCGAAUCCUAUCGGAUCGUAAACGUCGAAAAAUUCGAAGAAUUCGACGUGCUGGUCAUCACCACUAAGCGACUAAUAACGCCGGGAAUUUAUUAUUUGUUUAUCGAAUUCGAAUCGAAUUUUUCCAAGAGCAAUAAAGGGUUCUAUUUGAGUACGUACAAACGUCGCGACGGAACGAUUAGGAAAAUAGCUACAUCGAAAUUCGAACCUACAUACGCCAGGCAGGCUUACCCGUGCUUCGACGAACCCAAUUUAAAAGCCAAGUACAAAGUGCAUCUGUUGAAACCCAAAGACAGCUCCUACAUAGCCCUAUCGAAUUUCCCGCAAUCCGACGUUUCCGCGUACGAUGAUGACAACGAAUUGGUGACAUUCGAAGAAACCGUUUCGAUGUCGACUUACUUGUCCUGCUUCAUCGUCUCCGAUUUCGCGCACACCGAGACUUCGUUCGAGAAUAAAGGCGCCUCGACGGUGCCUCUGAAAGUCUACGCCAGUCCGGACAAUUUGGAGAAAACCAAAUACGCCGGCGAGGUGGGCAAGAAAUGCAUCGAAUAUUACGUGGAUUAUUUCCAAAUACCCUAUCCCCUACCGAAACUAGAUAUGGUGGCGAUUCCCGAUUUCGUAUCCGGCGCUAUGGAGCAUUGGGGCCUCGUCACCUACAGGGAAACAGCCCUGCUCUACACGAACACUACCCAUUCCUCGGCCAAUAAGCAGCGAGUCGCCUCGGUGGUGGCUCACGAAUUGGCUCACAGUUGGUUCGGAAAUUUAGUGACAAUGAAUUGGUGGAAUGAUCUUUGGUUAAACGAAGGCUUCGCUUCCUACAUACAAUACAAAGGCGUUUUGGCGGCCGAGCCCGAUUGGGGAAUGCUCGAUCAAUUUUUGAUAUCGACUUUGCACGGCGUCCUUUCAUUCGAUUCGACGUUGAGCUCGCAUCCGAUCGUUCAAACCGUCCUGACGCCCGAUCAAAUCACGGAAAUUUUCGACGUUAUUUCCUACAAUAAAGGCGCUUCUAUUUUGAGGAUGCUGGAGAACACUGUGGGUGAGAAGAACUUCCAACAAGGCGUUAAGAACUACCUCAAUUUGCACGCUUACAAGAACGCCGUCACGAAGGAUUUCCUCGACGAGAUACAGAAAACUAUUUCUUCGGCGGUGGACGUGAAGGAGUUGAUGGAAACUUUCACCGCCCAAACGGGGUACCCUAUUUUAACUGCGAGUGUAUCGGGAAAUAGUUACACCUUCACGCAAAAGAGGUUCCUGAAAGAUCCCAGCAGCGUUUACAACGAGACUGACUCCAAAUUUAGAUAUAAAUGGUCGAUCCCUGUGACUUAUGUAACAAACUUAGGAAAAUCCUCAAGUUUCGCUCUAUUCAAAUACAACGAAAACUCCAUAACCAUAAGGAAACCAGAAGGAGCCCAAUGGAUCAAAUUCAACUACGAUCAAAUCGGUUAUUACCGCGUAAAUUACCCGUCGAGCGAAUGGGAAUCCCUGAUCAGCCACUACAAGGACCUCAGCGUCUCAGACAGGACGCAUUUGUUGGAAGAAUCCUUCAGCAUCGCCGAAGCGGACCAAUUGAACUACAAAAUCCCGCUGGAUCUCACCAAAAAAUUGAUAGAAGAAUUCGACUACACUCCCUGGCACGUUGCCGAUUCCAAACUCAACGCCCUACUGAAGUACCUCAAGGGUUCCAAUUCCGAACAAGAAUCCUCCUUCAAGAGGUACAUCAUCAAUAUCACCACUCCUGCUUACAACAGGUACACCUGGAACGAAAGCGAGUCUGAUACUCACCUUCAAAGAUUGGCGAGAAUCACCGUUCUCUCGAUGGCUUGUGCAGCUGGUCACGAAGCUUGCCUGGCCGAAGCUCGGGAUAAAUUCGACGAUUGGUUGAAGACUGGUCGGGCGAUAUCGCCCGAUUUGAGGGGCCUCGUUUACUCUUACGGGAUGAAGAAAGCGAACGAAGACGCUUGGAAUAAGUUAUUGGAGAUGUUCAAAGCGGAAACCGACGCUUCGGAGAAACUGAAGCUGGUGAACGGCUUGGCGAGCACUGAGAACGAGGAAUUGUUGAAAAAAUUGCUCGAGCAAACCAAAGACGAAGAUGUGAUCAGAUCCCAAGAUGUUUUUAUCGUAUUGCAGUACAUUUCUGCUAAUCCCAACGGCACCGAGCUGGUCUGGACUUGGGUCAGAUCGAAUUGGAAGUAUCUGGUCGAUAAAUUCACACUAAACGACAGGAACUUGGGGCGAUUGAUACCCUCCAUAACGGCGCGAUUCGCGACUGAAGAAAAAUUGGCGGAGAUGGAAGCUUUCUUCAAAGAAAAUUCUGAAGCCGGAGCAGGGGUUGCAAGCAGAGCUAGCGCUUUGGAAACGGUAAGGAACAACAUCGCUUGGUUGAGCAAAUACAAAGGAACCGUGGAAGAAUGGAUUAAAAAUUCAACCGUUUAGUAAUUGUUUUACACUUAUUUCUACAAUAAAUUUUAAAUAUAC